AUGAGGGGGUGCUCUGGAGGCGAUGCACGUGGGUGGUGGGGCCAGGCGGGAUGCUGCUGCGGCGGCCUUGGGGCCUGCUGGCCGGAUGCUGCGGCUCUGGGACUGUGCCAUACUGAGAAGAGGGAGCCACCUCCUCUGAGUUUUGAGGGGGGCCUGGAGGUGGCUGUCACCGACACCGUGAGCACGAGUGGAAUGGACUGCGACGACCCCUGGCAAACCG